ACUCGCUCGCUCUCCUCUUCCUCCCUCCUCGCACCACCAAGCUCAGCUCUGCUCUGCUCCGCAAUUUGCUCGAAAGUCACCUACUCAGACAUACCAUGGCGCCAUCAGUGGCCUGCUCCUUCUUCUUCGACAACGAGCUGCUCGGCGAGCCCGGCAUGCCGGCGAUGGACACGUGCGCGCUCUGCGCCAAGCCGCUGGCGCGCGACAGCGACGUCUUCAUGUACAGAGGGGACACGCCCUACUGCAGCGAGGAGUGCCGCGACGAGCAGAUGCACCUCGACGCCGUCUGCGCCAAGCAGGCCGCGCGGAGGCAGCAGCGGUUCUCGGCGGGGACGGAGUCCCACCGUCGGCAGCGGCAGUCCAGGAACGUGUCGGUCGCAAGCUAACCGGCUGGCCGCUAAAAGUUUUGCUUGGAUCGACAAGAUCUAAAUUCAGAAGAAUACAACAUCUGUUCCUUCAAAAAAGAAUACAGCGUCUGUAUUCUGAAGAAUCGUCGUCGUCUCCGUCUCUCCGGCCGGUGCUCUAGCCUGGUGCGGUGGAGGCACCGGAGGCAGCUUGGCGCCGCCUACAGGAGGCAAGGCAGGGCAGCCGGCAGCAGCAUCAGGCGGCACGAAGCAUGUGUCCAUGGCAAGCUAUUUAGGCUGCCCAGAUGGGAGGAAAUUGUACUUGUUCUCGGUCGAAAACAGAAAAGUAAUCGCCAUGGAUCUGAUGAGAGCAAUCAAACAUGAUUAACAUUCUGUUUUAACUUCUACUCCCUCCGUCCGAAAAUACUAUAUCUAGAUACAUCUUCUUUUAUCCAUUUUGAUGACAAAUAUUUCUAGACGAAGGGAAUACGUACUAGUAUUUGGGUCGCCCUUCUGCGCCUCUCUUUUAGUUUCCCUUUAAUGACUGGAUCAUGUUUGGUUUUGGGUACCACAUCCACAUGCAACAGCAGUGUCACUGUAAAUACAUCAUGGCAACCAACCUACAAAUUAUCAUGCCCCUA